UUGCUAAGGCGGUGACUUCCGUUGCCAGGGUAAAUGUCCGGAGCGGCUCCUGGUUGUUGUUGGUGAGCGGCGCCCGGUGUGAGAUCUCAGCCUCCCGUAAGCUUGACCAUAUCAUCUAGAUGGGAUAAACUGUAACCAUGUUUAGCUUCGAAGGAGAAUUCAAAACAAAGCCCAAGGUUUCACUGGGAGGAGCGAGUAGAAAGGAAGAAAAGGCUUCCCUCUUGCAUCGUACUCAGGAGGAAAGGCGCAAGAGAGAGGAAGAACGAAGAAGGCUAAGAAAUGCAAUAAUCAUCCAGUCCUAUGUACGAGGAUAUAAGGACCGAAAACAUCAAUACGCCAUACAAAGAAAUGAAUUUGACUACUGCGUCAAUUCCGCUGCUUCCAGUGGGGGUACAAGUAAUGGAAGCAAUCUUAACCUUUUAGUACGAAAACUACUGUUUUUUUACAGGCAAAGUGAGGAUUCCAAAAGAUUGAUAUGGAUAUGUCAGAACAUGAUCAAACAGAGUUCCCAAUUUGUAAAACAGCUACUGGGUCCAGACCGACUCACCUGUCUUUAUCAAAUCAAGAGACUCUUGGGGCUGUGUUGCAGGUUGUUACAGUAUUGCUAUGAUGACAGCCUGAAUGUUGCAUUACCCAUGAGAAUGGUUGAAGUGUUUUCUUCAGAGAAUACGUAUUUGCCUGUUCUUCAAGACAACACAUACGUGGCUUCAAUAAUUGAACAAAUUUUGCACUACAUGAUUCAAAAAGGAUUCUACCAAUCCCUGUAUAUUUUAAUUAAACACAAACUUCCAUCAAGCAUUGAAUACACCGAUGUCUCCAGAGUAACGAUAGCAAAAGUACUACUGGAAAAUCUUUUGAAACCAUUGCACUUUACCUAUAGCUCCUGCUCUGACUGUGCGAGGCACCAGGUUUUUAGUGCCUUUACGGAGGAGUUCCUAUCUGCACCUUACACGGAUCAGAUAUUCCAUUUCAUCAUUCCUGCACUCGCAGACUUGCAAACAUCUUUCCCGUAUGAGCUUUUUCUGCACUCGCUGCUGACAGAUGAGACCCAACAUGCCGGAUCACGUGACCGUGCGCCGUGGCUCUUCUACUUCGUGCUGACAGUUGGUGAAACCUACUUGGGAAGUCUAUCAGAAGAAGGAAUGCUGGUAUAUCUAAGGGUUCUUCAGACUUUCCUUACUCGGCUGCCUGUUUCCUCAUCAAAUACAAACCAUCAGGGACUUGCCAGCGACUCAGAAGAUGAGGAUGAAGAUCUGGGAAAAAUGGUCACCUCUAUUGGUGACGGUAAGCUAUCUGUGCAAUAUAUCACAGAGGAGUGUCUGAAGAAACUGGACACUAAACAGCAGACCAACACUUUACUCAACAUGGUGUGGAGAGAUUCGGCCAGUGAGGAGGUCUUCACGUUAAUGGCCUCUAUUUGCCAUACACUAAUGGUGCAGCAUCGCAUGAUGGUGCCAAAAGUCAGGCUUCUUUACAGUCUAGCGUUUAAUGCAAGAUUUUUAAGGCAUCUUUGGCAUUUAAUUUCUUCAAUGACGACAAAAAUGAUUACAGGGUCCAUGGUACCACUCAUACAAGUGAUCUCAAGAGGCUCACCAAUGUCACUAGAAGAUUCAAAUCGUAUCAUCCCUCUGUUUUAUCUGUUUAGUUCUUUAUUUAGCCAUUCCCUUAUUUCAAUACACGACAAUGAAUUCUUUGGUGAUCCAAUAGAAGUUGCAGGCCAGAGGCAGUCAUCGAUGAUGCCUUUCACGUUAGAAGAAUUGAUAGUACUAUCACGCUGCCUUCGAGACGCUUGUUUAGGAAUCAUCAAGCUGGCUUAUCCGGAAACAAAGCCGGAAGUUCGUGAAGAAUAUAUUGCAGCUUUUAAAAGCAUUGGCGUGACCACCAAUGUCGAAAUGCAACAACGCAUCCAAACAGAACAAAAACGAUGGAUCCAGUUGUUUAAGGUAAUAACAAACUUGGUAAAAAUGUUGAAGGCUCGAGACACCAGGAGACAUUUCUGUCCGCUAAAUCACUGGUUAUCAGAACAGGAAAGCAUUAAGGCUGAUAAGAUUACCCAGCUGUAUGUACCUUCUGCUAGACAUGUGUGGCGAAGAAUGGGAGUCCGUGGAAUGGGAAGAAUUGGACCCUUACAGUCAACAUUAGAUGUGGGCCUGGAACCAGCACCCCUGUCUGUUUCAGAGGAAAGGCAGUUGGCGAUAUUGACUGAGCUGCCCUUUGUGGUACCCUUUGAAGAAAGAGUAAAGAUCUUCCAAAGACUUAUCUAUGCGGACAAGCAAGACGUCCAAGGAGAUGGGCCUUUUCUGGAUGGAAUUAACGUGACUAUUAGAAGGAACUAUAUAUAUGAGGAUGCCUAUGACAAAUUGUCUCCAGAAAAUGAGCCUGAUUUGAAGAAGCGAAUACGUGUCCAUCUUUUGAACACCCAUGGCUUGGAUGAGGCUGGGAUUGAUGGUGGUGGAAUAUUUAGAGAAUUUUUAAAUGAGCUGCUCAAAUCUGGAUUUAAUCCUAACCAGGGAUUUUUUAAGACCACUAAUGAAGGGCUCCUGUACCCCAAUCCCGCAGCACAGAUGUUGGUCAGUGAUUCAUUUGCAAGGCAUUACUACUUCCUAGGACGAAUGCUUGGAAAGGCUUUGUAUGAAAACAUGCUUGUGGAAUUGCCUUUUGCUAGCUUCUUCCUCUCCAAAUUACUGGGAACGAGUGCCGAUGUCGAUAUCCAUCACCUAGCGUCCUUGGAUCCCGAAAUGUACCGGAAUUUGCUUUUCUUAAAGAGUUACGAAGGAGAUGUGGAAGAACUGGGUUUAAACUUUACAGUGGUGAAUAAUGACCUCGGUGAGGCUCAGGUAGUAGAAUUAAAAAUGGGAGGUAAAGAUAUCCCAGUGACCAGUGCAAACAGAAUAGCCUAUAUCCAUCUCGUAGCCGACUACAGGCUAAAUAAGCAGAUUCGUCAGCACUGCCUGGCUUUCAGACAAGGCCUUGCCAAUGUGGUCAAUCUAGAAUGGCUACGGAUGUUUGACCAGCAGGAGAUUCAGGUGUUGAUUUCUGGUGCUCAGAUUCCUAUCUGCCUUGAUGACCUAAAAGCCUUCACAAACUAUUCAGGAGGAUAUUCUGCUGAACAUCCAGUGAUUAACAUUUUCUGGCGAGUGGUGGAAAAUUUUACAGAUGAGGAAAAGCGAAAAUUAUUGAAGUUUGUUACCAGCUGUUCCCGUCCUCCAUUAUUAGGUUUUAAAGAAUUGUAUCCUGCAUUCUGUAUCCACAACGGAGGCUCUGAUCUAGAAAGGCUACCUACCGCCAGUACCUGUAUGAACCUUCUAAAACUGCCAGAGUUUUACGAUGAAAAUCUGAUGAGAAGCAAGCUGCUUUAUGCCAUUGAAUGUGCUGCGGGCUUUGAGUUGAGCUGAGUAAGAGAGAUACAAAAUGGCUCCAACAUGGAACUAGUAUCUGGUGUCUACUUGCAACGCACCAUCAUAUGGAACUGUUUAUGGAGAUAUAGAGUGUUGUUAUGUGAAGAAGCCAUUUUAAUAUCUGCCCGGGAUGGCCAUCAUAGAGUAAUCUAGAAUCAAGUUUUUGAACAACAGACGCCACUUUCCCUUGGUGCCUUCUUUUGAGGAAGAGCACUUUUGAAGCAAAAUGGCAUCUCUGUGAAAUUAACCAAAGAUAUAAAUCUUGGCUUUGUGCUGUUUGGAUCUAAGUAACUCCAGAAGUUGGCAAUACCUUUCUACAAUUAAAGAAAAAAAAAAAAGCAUCUGGUCGCUUUAUGGUCUCAAACAGGGUUCUAGAUUUUCUAGAAUGAAAAAAAUAACUAAAAACAACAAAUGUCUGCAUAUAAUGAACAAAAGGGGAUAAUUAUGAUAAGUUGCAACAAAUCAUCAUUUAUUUCUCCUGCAUCAGAAUGUUAAAUUAAAAGAAAGAAAUAAUAAAAUUUUAACUGUUUCCGCUAAACGUAUUUGUUCACUACCUUCCCUGCAAGAUAAGCAUCAAAGGAGUCAUUUCUAGUAUUUUAUUUGAUCUUUCUAUUGAAAAGAAAAUACCCUUUUCGGGGGUUGGACUGUCCAUUUUAAGUGCUUCUGUACAAUGUACACCAUGAUGAAAAUAUACUCUGUUGUGAAUGUAAUUUCUUUUGCGUGUCUUUGGGUUUCAUUUCUGUACAGAUUAAUUUUUUAUUUUAUUUUUUUUGUACUUUUUUUUUUUUUGGUCAUGCAA